UAUUUUUCAUACUGCUUCCAAAGUAUAGACAAACCUUCAUCUAUCCUUCUCCAACUCCUUUCCUUCCCAAAGCCAUGGCAUUGUCUAGUUUACUAGCUCUCUAGUAAAAUCCACGUAAGAGAAUAAAACCUUAGUCAAAAUUGUGGGUUUAUAUUUUAAUAGAUUUUUUUUUAACAAUUAAAGGUCGGUUAGUCCCAAGUAGACAUUGCGCUGCUCUAAUUGGUUUAAUACUGAGAUCAACUCGGCCCAACUCUAGUUUGAGGCUUCGAGUUUGGGCCGACACAAUUGGGUUCGAAAACAAAUGGCCGUCCCAUCCCAAGCUGUCGCAAUAAGUAUCUCGCCGGCCUGCCUGACCCUUCUUCACCUCUCGUAAAAUGGCCGGUCCGUUGGCAUGGACGGCGAGUAAAGUCGGAGGCCUUGGUAAUGGUGGCAAUGAGAGUAAGAUGACCGGAGAAUCCCAGUCGUGUUCACCCCCAGAGGCCAGAGCAGCAAAAUCUGGAAGAUCUGGUGAAUCUGUCAUUAAGUCCAUGGUGAAAGUUGAAGCUGGAAAAGACACUGAAGCUACAAGUUCAGCUAUACUAGACAAAUCAAUGGAAGAAACAGUGGAAGAUUUAUGGGUGAGAGGGGUGAAAAUUUGGGGCAAAGCUUUGAAGCUGGCCUCUCCAGGUACCUAACAACAUAGAAAUUCAUUUAAUGUGUGUUUAGGCUUACAAUCUGCCAUUUUUUGUUGAAUUAGCUGUCAGCAAUAUUCUUACUAGUUUUGUUGAUUGCUUUGGUAUUCUUCAUAUCUCUUCUUCCAAUACGAUAUCAAAUUCUGUUCUCUUCUUGGUUAAUCAUUCAUCUUCUGAAUUAAAGGAAGCCAAACAAUUAAAAUAUGUUAAUUAAA